UUUCUUUCGAGUAUUACACCGACGUUAACGAUGAGCCACGAUGAGCCACUAAUUUUCGGUGCGCCACCAGCUUACAAACAUAUGUCGGAAUGUUUCGUGCACACAAACCCCGGCAAAUCUCUGCGGGCGUUCCACCAGCAUCCUGUGCUAUUACGUUUACCACUGAUCAACAAAAGAGCCUGAACCGUAUAUGCUGCCCGAAGCAUAUAUUCAUAUAUAUGUCGCAAUGUAAGACCUUGUGUACAAGUUGCAUAUGUCUUAAAAGCUAAAUCACAGCACGCAUGCUCAUGUAAGCUUCACAAGGCCUUGCAUGCUUCGGGCUCUUUUGUUGAUUGGCACGUCAUGCUGUGCGUUCAACUGAAACUUUGAUGGUUAACCUCACACGUACGCGCUACCCACUGUCAAAAAUAUGAGAUUGAUUGAACGAGGUACCCAACACAUCACAUAUGGCCACCCAUACCACUUACACUCCACUCAAGUUUUACUUGCCAAAGAGCUUGUAGUUGCAAUACUAGAUGGCUUAAACCUCCGAGACUUGCUCAAUGUUGCACAGACGUGCACGACCAUGCGUGGGGUAGUUCUCAACCUCAUAGAAAAAUACAAACACCAGAUCCUGACUCUGUACAUCCUUUCUGAGUGUCGUCGCCAUCAAUUCUUCGCCGUUUUAACCGCCACACGCGGUGUGAUUACUGGAUCUUGCGCUCUCAACAUGAUUCUGGGUUCACCUUCAUAUCCCACCAACAAUCUCAAUAUCAUUGUUCCAGCGGGAGAAUUCGACACUAUGGCACGAUUUCUAACCGACGACCUUUUUUUUGUCACCGGUUCUACCACCAUACACAGAAUUAUGCGAUCUACAGUCCAAACUUUUACAGAAUUCAACCACCUCGGAGCCCGCAUCACUCUCACUGAAUCUAGGGACAAACAAGAUGUUAUGAGGGUCAUCAUCAACUGUCCAACCACUGCUGAUAUGUCAUUUAUCACGCCCGGAGGAGCUGCAACUCUUUAUCCCACUAUGACAAUCGCUAACAACAGAAGUUUCAACAUCAUCUAUAGUGAAAGUAUCCAGGUUGCGCAUGAUCUUGGUACAUUUGAAGAGAUGAAGAAGUCCGAGCUUAAAACUCCGAGGUAA